GGAACCUUGCGCUUCCCCGGUGGACUGUCCGAAGUCCGCGCUAUGGAAGAGGAGAAAUAUUUGCCUGAGCUGAUGGCAGAGAAAGAUAGCCUGGAUCCAUCUUUUGUGCAUGCAUCGCGCCUUUUGGCGGAAGAAAUUGAAAAAUUUCAAGGUUCUGAUGGAAAAAAGGAAGAUGAAGAAAAGAAAUAUCUUGAUGUCAUCAGCAACAAGAACAUAAAGCUCUCAGAAAGGGUAUUGAUUCCUGUGAAACAAUAUCCAAAGUUCAAUUUUGUGGGGAAAUUGCUUGGACCAAGGGGAAACUCCUUGAAGAGGCUACAGGAAGAAACGGGUGCUAAAAUGUCUAUCCUGGGCAAAGGAUCGAUGAGAGACAAAGCAAAGGAAGAAGAACUAAGGAAGAGUGGGGAAGCCAAAUAUGCCCACUUGAGUGAUGAACUUCAUGUAUUAAUUGAAGUGUUUGCUCCACCUGGGGAAGCUUAUUCACGUAUGAGUCAUGCGCUGGAAGAGAUUAAAAAAUUCCUGGUUCCCGACUAUAAUGAUGAAAUCCGUCAGGAACAACUACGUGAAUUAUCUUACUUAAAUGGCUCAGAAGACUCUGGUCGUGGCAGAGGUAUUAGAGGCAGAGGGAUCAGAAUAGCCCCCACAACGCCUUCAAGGGGUCGUGGGGGUGCCAUUCCUCCUCCCCCGCCACCUGGACGAGGUGUUCUCACUCCCCGAGGGACCACUGUGACGCGUGGAGCUCUUCCAGUGCCCCCUGUAGCGAGAGGCGUCCCUGCCCCGCGAGCCCGGGGAGCACCAGCGGUGCCAGGAUACAGGGCGCCCCCUCCUCCAGCGCACGAGGCUUACGAAGAAUAUGGGUAUGAUGAUGGCUUCGGUGGUGACUAUGACGACCAGACCUAUGAGACAUAUGACAACAGCUAUGCCACCCAAACGCAAAGUGUGCCUGAAUACUAUGACUACGGUCAUGGAGUAAGUGAGGAUGCCUAUGACAGCUACGCACCAGAAGAAUGGGCCACGACCCGCUCCAGCCUGAAGGCACCACCGCCAAGGUCAGCCAGAGGGGGAUACAGGGAGCACCCCUAUGGUAGAUAUUGA